AUGUCGCCGAUCCCCAAGAACAUCAUCGUCACCGGCGCCGGCGGUUUCAUCGGCCCCUUGCUCGCGGCUCGUCUGCUCAACGACCCGGGGUACCGGGUAGUUCUAACGGACCUAGUCGAGCCGGUCAUUCCCCCGGGGGUCAAGUACCCGCAGAACGCUACGGCGCUCAAAGGCGACAUCUGCGAUCCGGCGUUCGUAGCGUCCCUGCUAGACGCCGCUGCCUCGCUCUCCGCUAUAUUCAUCUUCCACGGCAUCAUGUCGGCCGGGUCGGAAGCCAACUGGGACCUCUCGAUGCGCGUUAAUGUAAACAGCGUAAGAGACCUGCUGCUAGCGCUGCGAGCCAAGUACCCCGGGGUCCGCGUGAUUUACUCCAGCUCCCAGGCCGUGUACGGACAGCCGCUGCCGGACGGGCCUAUCUCGGAUAGUGUCACGCCGACGCCCGAGGGCACGUAUGGCGCGCACAAGUUGAUGACGGAGGUCUUUAUCAACGACAUGCAUCGGCGGGGCUUCAUCGACGCCUUCAGCCUGCGGUUUCCGACGGUCUCGGUGCGGCCGGGCCGGCCUACCAACGCCGCAUCGUCGUUCCUGUCCGGGAUGAUCCGGGAGCCGAUGAAGGGCGAGGAGAGCGUCAUUCCGCUGAAAGACCGGUCGUUCAAAUCGUUUCUUACUUCCCCAGGAACCCUGCAGGAAAAUCUUAUUAGAGUGUUGGACAUGGACAGCUCGAAGCUACCGAAGCACAUCCGCCAUAUAAAUGUCCCCGGGAUCUCGGUCUCGAUACAGGAGCUGAUAGACGCGCUUGCUAAGUAUGGAGGGGAGGACAAGUUGAAGUACCUCAAGGAGGAGACUAAUCCAGACCUCGAACGGAUAUUGCGAAGCUGGGCACCGGAGCUUAACACAACUACGCCGCUGAAGCUUGGGCUGGCUAAGGACGAGAGCGCGGAAACACUUGUCAAGCAGUAUAUCGAUUCUCUAAAGUCUUAA